CGUAGUUCUCACUGUCCCUUGGUCGUGAGAAGCCGCUCAUUCAAAGAGUUUAUUUUUAACAAAUAUUUGGGCACAUCAUCUGCGAACAAAGACAUCACGUUAAGAAACAGGACAGAUAUUAUCGACAAGAAAGAAAGAGUAAAAUGAAAACAUCAAAGUGUUUGGCUUUAGCCUGGUGCGUGUUGAUUCUUCCGUAUUUGAUCGUAGCUCAACACAGAGUUAUUAAUGUUCAGCGGGGAACGUCUGUCAAUAUCAGCUGUAACUACAACAUUUCAGUUGACAUUGAAGUCAUGCAUGCAUCUCUAACUAUGGAUAAAAAAAAAUGUUUUUACUAUAUUAAUACUACAUCACAGAUUAACCAGUCAUGCAAAGAUUUUAUACUUUUCUGGUUUAUAGAAACUAAAAAAAUAAAAAUUCAGCUGUCAAAUCUUCAAAUAAACGAUUCAGGCACUUACAAAUGUACUUUGGAAAGACAAAUACCUCCUCCUUCUGUGAAUCUAGGAAUAGACCAAACAACUGUUCAGGUAGUUGCAAAUCCCAAUGUGUCCAUAUCGUGUAUAAAAGAGCCAGAGGAAUUUUCCAUUAUCCUGUGCAGCUCUGAGGGGUUUUACCCUUCUGAUCUACAGCAGGUGUGGCUCAAGCAUGGAGAAUUUCACAACAUCUCUAAGACACACAACACUAACCGAACCAACCCAGAUGGAUCAAGCAGCCUUCAUUCGUAUUUAAAUGUAUCUUCUGCCAUGUCUGAUUCUGUAAACUAUUCCUGUUGGGUAAACCACUCAUCCCUGAACAAGCCAGUUGUGCUCCAUCUGUCUCUUGAUGACUGCUAUGAGAGAAAAAACAGAUUUUCACAUUUUAGUGAUAAUAUGAAGAUUGUUCUGGUGAUUUCUGCAUUGCUGAUUCUCAUCAUCUUGAUCAUCACAGUAGUCCUUAAGCGCUUCGUCUUAUGUUUUACAGAAAGAACCAAUCGCCGAUAUCCUAUAUCAUCUGAGUCUGUUCGCCAAUCUCAUCCACAGCUAGAGGUGGUUUAUUCGAUGCUGGGUGAUCAUCAUCCUAACCCAUGCUCUAACAGGCGAAACCAGGGUCUAGUCAACUCCAUCAGCACAUUAAACAAUGACUGAAGAGACUUCAUAUUACCACUGAGAGAGAGAUAUGUAAUGUGGUUAUUCAGUUACAAAGUCUUUCUACCUGCAGUUGAUGGGAGUUGAGUUGAUAAGAGUAAAACUAUGAACUAUGCACUACACACAUUCGCAUAAAGCAACCUAACUCUACAUUUUUCUGUGUUCAAAGGGAUUUCGAAAAUGUAGCAAGUGCAUUUACGCCACCUACUGAGCUGCAGAUUUGUCACAAAUUAAAUAAUUUGCAUAGUACAAAAUAACAAUUCAAUAGAUCGAUUUUAGCUCAUUUAAAUAUUUAUUUAUAUAUUUCUAUUGACAUUUGCCUUUUCUACUAUGAAUAUAAUUCUUAUAUCUCCAUGCAGCCUUACACAAAAUUAUCUCAUGUUUAUUGUCAACAGUGAUUGCUAAUUGCAUAACCUAAAAAACUUUUAUGUUGAAAAAAUAACAUCCUAAGUAAUGUUCUACUGACUGUGAAAGCAUGUGAUAUCCUCUACCAUAGGGUGCUUCCCACAACGUUAAGACGUCAUGGUCACUGGUAAAUAACAUCCUGAUAUAUCCUGCUUACGAUGCUCCUUGUAUGCUAACAUUUGUUGGU